CGACCUCUUCGUUCUCGCCGCGAAUAUUCAUCGUGCUCUUCUCUCCGGGCGACCGUCAAGCCAGCGAAUUCCUCUGAGCAGUCUCCAGUCCUCUGAGCGCCUAAAAUCUGAGACGCAGCGCGCGUACGCAUACAAAGCAAGCCUAACAUGAAUCGUCAUCAUCCCUACGGCGGCCAUGACAACUUCAACCGGAGGGGAGGCGGGCAGGGACCCGGCCCCGACCGCUCACACUUUCGUCAUGAAGGCAGAGGCAGGGGGAGGGGGCGUGGCCGCGGUGGUGGAUAUGGCGGUGGUGGCGGCAGCUUCGACGGUGGGAUGAGCGGCCCGCCUCCUGGCGGCUACGAUCAUAUGGGAGCGCCGCCGUACAGUGGCGGUUACGACGGACCCCCUCCCCCCAUGCAAGCACCUUACCCACCGUAUGGUGGUGCCUCAAAUGGUUACGGACCCCCUCCGCCUGGGCCCCCUGGCUUCGGCGGACCUCCUCCCCCUCCUCCAGGCGGAGGCGGCUACGGGGAUGGUCCCAGUGGCGGCUAUGGAGGCGGUUACAAUGAAGGACCGCCUCCGCCAUUUCCGGACGAUGAUUUUGGCCGCCGUCCCCCGCCGCGCAAAGGUCACCACAUAAUACCUGAAUCAGUCAUUGAGGAGCGCAUACAACGGGAGCGACCCUGCAGAACACUCUUCAUCCGUAACAUCAAGUACGAAACCCCCAGCGAGCAUGUACGCGGCCUCUUUGAGGAGCAUGGGGAUAUCAAAACUUUCUUCGACUUGAUAUCGACACGAGGCAUGGUAUUCGUGACUUAUUUCGACAUCCGGGCGGCGGAGCGUGCGAGGGACCGACUGCAGGGCUCGGAAAUCAGCGGGCGACCAAUUGACGUACACUAUUCGCUGCCUCGUGAUGACGGGAAUAAGAACGGCGAGCGUGACCAGGCCAUGCAGGGCACUGUCAUCGUAAUGCUGCGGAACUCCAGCCAGACCAUCGACGACAACGAGGUGCGCCGCUUAUUCACGCAGUUUGGCGACGUGAAGGACGUGCGACCAGCGCCUGCCCCCAACGCGCGAUACGUCGAGUACUACGAUACGCGCGCAGCGAUUGAUGCGCACGACCGGUUACGGAAUCAGAACCUGCAGGACGGUGUGAUGGAUAUCGAAUUUGCUUGGGAUCCCAACGACGAGUCGCCAAGAGGGCCAGGCGGCGGCGGCGGAGGUGGAGGUGGUGGACGUGAAUGGGGUGGUGGACGAGGCGGAAGAGGCAAAGGUAACCGCAAUCGCGGUCGGCACGGCGGUGGCGGUGGCGGAGGCCACGGUGACUACGACGAUGGGUGGAGCGGCGGCGGGCCUCCUCGCCGCGACGAGUUUGGUCGUGAACGCCGGAUGGACGAGUUCGACGGCCCCGGCGACCGCGGUGGUCCCAGUGGGCGUGGUCGCGGACGCGGCUAUGGACCCAACCGCUAUGGCGGACCUGACCGCUUCGACGGUCCGCCACCACCUGGUGGCUACGGUGGCCCCCCUCCUCCACCACCCGCACCGUACGGCGGUCCCACAAUUCCUCCGCCAGGCAGCAUGUACGGCGGCCCGCCACCCAUGCCUCCGCCCACGAACCCGAACUUCAUACAGCCGCCGCCCCCGGGCCCGCCCGCACCUCCCGCGGGCGACGACCGUUUGGAGCAAGCGCGCAAGGUGCAGCAGCUGCUCGCCGCGCUCAAGGCGCCCGGCACGCCCGCGACGCCGCCGAUGGGCGCUGGCCCCGUGCCUCCUCCCCCUGCGCCGUUCGCAGGCUUCCCUCCACCUACGGCCAUGGGCCAGCCCCCGAUGGGCAUGGCGCAAGUGCCGCCUGUUAACGGCCCCCCGCCACCUGGGGCCUUCGGCAUGCCACCUCUGCAGGCGCCACCGACAAACAAUGCGCAGACGCCGGCAGCGAACCCCGCGUUGGCGACUCUGCCGCCUAACAUCAUGGCUUUGCUGCAAGCAACGCAAGCGAGGGCGACGCCUCCGCCUCCACCUCCUCCAGGACCACUGGGCGCGCCGCCCUACGCGCCCCCUCCGCCAUCAAGCAGUGCACCGAGCUACGCGCCUAAUGCUGCUAUGCUCUCGCCACCGCCCGCCAGUGCGGGUCUUCCGCCACCCCCUGGAGGAGCGCCUCCGGGUGGUUCGCCACCUGCAGCGAACCAAAGUUUCCAGCAACUGAUGUCGUUUUUGCAGAGCCAAACUGCCAAGCGUUAAGAAACCAUAUCACGAAGUGUCAGAAAAUCAAAGCACGAAGUGUUCAGCAGCCGAACUAUGAAGCGCUAAGUAUGAGUGAGGCAUCCUUCAGGCCUGAAUUCCAACUUCAAACCCCUCUUUUCUGAUUUAGCCUCAUGUCGUGCCCUAUUCACGAACAUUGCGCGAUUUUUUGUGCCGUAUAUAACUUUCAUUUUUGUCUUCAAGAUUUUCAGAAUGAUGAUGCCUAUGUU